AUGGAGGUAGGUCACCUCAUCCAGCGAGCCUCAAGUACCAGUAAUCUGAAGAAGGUCACACUGGAGCUGGGCGGAAAGAGUCCAAACAUCAUUUUAUCAGAUGCUGAUAUGGAGGAGGCAGUGGAGCAGUCCCAUUUCGCCCUCUUCUUCAACCAAGGCCAGUGCUGUUGUGCGGGCUCUCGCACAUACGUACAGGAGAGCAUCUACAACGAGUUUGUGGAGCGAAGUGUGGAGAGAGCUAAGAAGAGGGUCGUGGGAGACCCUUUCGACUUGAAGACUGAGCAGGGCCCACAGGUCGAUGAGGAACAGUUCCAGAAGAUUCUUGGCUACAUCAGCAGUGGGAAGCGCGAGGGAGCCAAGCUCAUGUGUGGCGGGGCGGCAGCUGAUCGCGGAUACUUCAUCCAGCCCACUAUCUUCGGGGAUGUUAAGGAUGACAUGACAAUUGCUCGGGAGGAGAUCUUUGGCCCUGUAAUGCAAAUUCUGAAGUUUAAAUCUCUAGAAGAAGUGAUUGAGAGAGCCAACGACAGCAAAUAUGGCCUUGCAGCAGCUGUUUUUACCCAAAACAUUGAAAAGGCCCAUUACAUAUCCAAUGGCCUGCGUGCUGGCACUGUGUGGAUUAAUUGCUACGACGUGUUCAGUGUGCAGGCUCCCUUCGGAGGCUACAAGGCCUCAGGGAUUGGUCGUGAGUUAGGACAGUACGGACUUGACAACUACACCGAGGUCAAAACGGUUACAAUUAAGGUCCCUCAGAAAAAUUCAUAAAUGGAGAAAUUCAUUUAGAGAAGCCGUCAUCGAACGAUUUGAGCUGUGACGGACAUUAUUGAAAUGAACAUUACUCUUUAAAUUUAUUUCAUUAAAUCAAAUAAUGUCUUAAUGUGUACUGAGAAAAAAAUAAAUAAAUAUUACUUUAUUUUUUAUGUAUAAUCAUCAUAUAUAUACAUACACACACACGAUUAGUACAUACAAAAUAAACUUCUUACAAUUAUAAGUUACGGAAGUUUUUUGAUUAUCCAUCUGAUUUGUGUAAUAAAUGGUCCAAUUAUUUUUAUAAUUUUUUUUUCCUCAUUCAUUUAUUCUUAAUUUGCAUAAAUAUUUGUCCUUUUAUGAUUAGAUUUUUUGUAAUAACAUGCAGAAGAAAAUAAAUGAAUAUCAAACAGUAACAGUCUCUGUGAUAUUGCAGCAUUUAUUGUUAGAUAUGAUUUGAUGACCUGCAAAAGAAACAAAAAUAAAUUGAAAAAUGUUUGGUUUCACAGAUUAAACAUUUAUUUAUUUAUA